GCCGCUAGUGUUCCGUUUCUGUACGUCAUUACGCUUGUAGAUCGUCACCUCCGGGCGACGUCACCGUGACGUUACAGUCAAAACAACCGAAACAUCAUGCUAGCGUCUCAAACCCGCGAGUAAAAUGUCGUGUUUUUAACAAACGCCGAUGAAAACGUCAGAGAUUUGUCAUCUUAAUGUCAUGAUCGUGGCGGACUAUGAGUUUGGCAGUGUUUUAUUCGGAAUAAGGGAUCAAAAAGUGAUCACGAGCACGAGUGUCGCGACCGGUUUGCUAACGACAGGCGUCAGUCCAGUAGUUAAACCCGUGAGAGGUUUGCUCCAGGCAGGUAUCUAGGUCCCCGGGACGGGCCGGUGCUCACCGAAGAGACGGGGAACAGGAUCGGGAAGCAGGGGGGAGCGGCCACCGCAGAACCUGUGGAGAAGAUGGCAAGCAGCCCCGAGAAAAGCUCCUCGGCACAGGAGCUAAAGGAGCAGGGCAACCGCAUGUUCCUCAGCCGAAAGUACCAGGAGGCUGCCACCUGCUACAGCAAAGCCAUUAAUCGUAACCCGUCGGUGGCCGUGUACUACACUAACAGAGCGCUGUGCUACGUGAAGCUGCAGCAGUACGACAAGGCACUGGCCGACUGUAAACACGCCCUCGAGCUCGACAGCCAAUCAGUGAAGGCACACUUUUUCCUGGGCCAGUGUCAGCUGGAGCUGGAGAAUUAUGAAGAGGCCAUCGGCAAUCUACAGAGAGCUUAUAACCUGGCGAAGGAACAGCGGUUGAAUUUUGGAGACGAUAUCCCAAGUGCUCUUCGCAUUGCCAAGAAGAAACGCUGGAACAGCAUUGAAGAGAAGCGAAUCAGCCAAGAAAACGAGCUGCACGCUUAUCUCAGCAAACUCAUCCUGGCCGAGAAAGAGCGAGAGUUAGACGACAGCGUGAAGCAGUCCGACGACAGUCAGAACGGAGGCGAGAUCAACAAGCUCAGAUCCAAACACGAUAAAUAUUUGAUGGAGAUGGACGAGCUUUUCUCUCAAGUAGAUGAGAAGAGGAAGAAGCGAGAGAUCCCGGAUUAUCUGUGUGGGAAGAUCAGUUUUGAGCUGAUGAGAGAGCCCUGCAUUACUCCUAGCGGCAUCACCUACGAUCGCAAGGACAUCGAGGAGCAUCUACAGCGUGUUGGCCAUUUUGAUCCAGUGACCCGCAGCCCGCUGACCCAGGAUCAGCUGAUCCCCAAUCUGGCCAUGAAGGAGGUGAUCGAUGCUUUCAUCCUGGAGAACGGCUGGGUGGAGGACUACUGAACACACACACACACACACACACACACACACACACUCGAGCGGACCCCAGCGGUCUCCUCACGCCCAAUCGAAUCCUCUCUUGUAUGUUCAUGCACUUUAAUCAGUGGAGCUUUGCUGUGGAGUAUCUCACCUGCAGGAGUCACCUGACCCUCUUUCUCGCCAUCUUUCGACUGUCCUUCUUUACCAGACAGAAUAAUCGCCCCGUCCUGCAGGUUUAGUUCGGACACUUGCUUUCAAUCAGAAACAUUGGCUAAUGUUAGCUGCACGUUAUGAUGCUGUAAUUUCUCAUUGAAUGUUAAAAUAGCAACAUUAUUGAUGACACUUCACUAAUAAUCAUUCAGAGGAAACUUGCGCAGGUUGGUGUGUGUGUGUGUAUGACACCUACGAGAUCUAUAUGCAGAAUGAAUGCGAUAUAUGCGAGUGUAAAAAGUUCUAACGUAAGUAGAAUGUUUCUAAGAUGCUUCUCGAGCUUCGGGUUCUAGCAAGAUGCCGAUUAAUUUUUUUUUUUUUUUUUUUUUUUUUUUUGUAAAGAGCAUUAAAACAUAUUCAGACAUCCAUGUACCGGCUGCCAAUCACUGAAACCGAACUGAGAAUCUGUGGCAUGCAGAUGACAUCAUCAUCAUCAUUAUGGUGUAUUAUAUGUUAACUCUCACUAUGUGUGUGUCUGUGCGUUAUAACGAGAGGUAAGUGAUUAUUUCACACUAUUGAUUUUGUCUAUCUCUUUGGACCUGUGGGGAGUUUUCUGUUUCCUGUCAUGAACACACACUUCCUGUUUAGUAUCAUUAUUUUACAGAGAGCCCUUGUUAGCCGCUGGACUUCAGAGAUCCCGAACUGUUUGUCCGACUGGGUUCAAAUAUUCCCCAGGUGUAACGAGUUUAGGCUGGAUGCAUGUUCAAUAAAUGUUCUUUUUGUUUCUUUUUGUAACAAA